GCUUCUGCUCCAACGCACGGUGCCGCUGCCGGCAUCGUCCCUGGAGACGCUCCAGAACCUGGACAAGAAGCGGUUCGCUAGCAGGACGAGCGUGCCGGACUUCGACUUGGUGGGCAUGCCCGGGCUGUAUUAUACACUCGUGACUUUGGGCAACCCACCGAAAAAUUAUUCUGUGCAAUUUGAUACCGGUAGCGACAUCAUGUGGGUUACUUGCAGCCCCUGCCCUGAUUGCCCGACGCCAGGUCGAAUCUAUGACACAUUGGAGGUGUACAACCCCAACAAUUCUUCAACGUCGUCCAACAUAUCAUGCUCUGAUGACAUGUGUAAACAUGCUAUCAAAUCAAAGAAUUCGAUAUGUCAAGCCUCGGACACUCCAAACAACCAAUGUGGUUACUGGCAGGAGUAUGCCGAUGGAACUACCACGGGAGGGUACUAUGUGUCUGAUAUAAUGCAUUUCGACACUGUCAUGGGAAACGGAAGUGAGGGGGCUACUGUUUCUUCUGCCUCCGUCGUCUUUGGAUGUAGUGACUCGCAGUCAGGGGCACUGCAACAAGAUGGAAUUAUGGGGUUUGGAAAGGCUGCACCAUCUGUUAUGUUGCAACUGAGCUCUCAAGGGGUGUCUCCUAAGGCCUUCUCUCAUUGUCUGACAAGUUCAGGUGAUGGUGGUGGCAUUCUUGUUCUCGGUGAAGUUGUAGAGCCAGGAUUUCUAUUUACUCCACUCGUUUCAUCACGGCCUGGUUACAACGUGAACAUGAAGAGCAUUUCUGUCAAUGGUCAAAAUGUCCCUAUUGAUUCUUCCUUGUUUACAACAUCAAAGACCCAAGAAACAUUUGUAGAUUCUGGAACAUCAUUAGCAUACCUUCCAGAUGGAGUUUAUGACCCUGUUAUUAGAGCGAUAAUUGAUGCUGCUCCAUCAUCUGUGAAUUAUAGUGUCAUAUCGGGAAAUGAAUGUUUUAUUUUCUGGAAAAGCAAUGUAUCUGAAUUUCCAAUAGUGGCACUAUAUUUUGAGGGUGGUGUUCCAUUGAGAGUGGGUCCGGCAAACUAUCUCGUGCCCAAGGCUGUAUCUGACCUUCCAGACAACGAAGUCAUAUUCUGCAUUGGCUUUCAAAGUAGCAAGAUGUUCAAGGGUUCUGAGCAUGCCACUAUUCUAGGAGAUCUUGUCUUACGUGAUAGGAUAUUUACAUAUAACUUGGAGAAGAUGCGCUUGGGUUGGAUAGACUAUAACUGCUCUCUAAUGAACAAGACCACCGUGGUUGUUGCCAGUGAGUCGCUGAGGAGCCACACACCAUCAUACUUCGGCCUAAUGAUAGCUAUUGGGGUUGCCCUCAUAAAUACUAACAUCAUUGCACUGCUGUGGCUCGAUAGCUAAUAGGGGAAACUAGCAAUGGAGCCAGGACGUGUCGAAGUUCAAUGUCGGUGGAGCGUUGAAAGUGAAUCCGGUGAGGCAAGGAACAGCCUUAGGAUAAACCGUGCACAACUAUCUCGCUGAACAAGUUGUUUUCAUGAACUUAAUUAUCUCAUUGAAGAAGUGAAUAAUCUAGCCCUGCUGAGACUUGAGACCACUCAGUGUAAGAGGUAGCUUGCCAAAUUUGGCAAUAUGCGAGAGGUGGAUGCCGCUUUUGCAUUAACGUUCUCAAGUUUGUAGUCUGGUUGAUGCCUAUGGUAGCCCUAAACUGAUUUUAGGCACUCAAGUUUGUAUACAUCUGGUUGACGCCUAUGGUAUCACUAAA